AAUCUUUCAGAAAAGGGCACUCAGGAGGUGGUGCUAAAAUAUUUUGUCCGGACUGAGAAAAGUCACACACUUGUUUAGUGACAGGUUACAAGACCUGAAGAAAUAGAAUGUCCCGGCCGUGUGCAAAAAGAAAACGUAAAGCUGAUUCACCCAUUUAGAACAAGAUGGACCACAAGAGGCGAGGCAAUGCAAGUACAUGUCAUGGCACAGAUAAAGACAGAGACAACCUCAAAAUAAGAAGAUUGAAAAUGUCAGAAGCUGGUGGACAAAGAAAAAGUAAAACUGAUCCAACAAUGGAGUACGAGAUGAACCACAAGAGGCGAGGCUUGGCACUAAUCUUCAACCAUGAACAUUUUAAAUUUAUUCCGAAACGCCGUGGAACAAAGAUAGACAGAGACAACCUGAAACAAAGAUUUCAAGCCUUAGGAUUUGAAGUGAACAUACAUGAUAACAAAAAUAAGACCGAGGUGUUCGAGGAAAUACUUAAAGCUUCCGAAAUGGACCACACGGAUGCCGACUGCUUUGUUUGCGUUUUCCUGACUCAUGGUAAAGAAGGGCAAAUUUCUGCCUCUGACGAUAUGAUCAACAUCAAGGAAAUAACAGAUCCCUUCAGAGGAGAUCAAUGCAAGAGCCUUGUAGGGAAGCCCAAGAUCUUCAUUUUCCAAGCAUGUGCUGGUGAGAAAUAUGAAGAUGCUGUGACUGGCAUGGUAGGAGGGUCUUCUGAUGAUACAGAAGAGGACUUACCAUAUACCUACACCAUACCAGCAGGGGCGGAUUUCCUCAUGUGUUACUCUGUAGCAGAGGGAUUCUAUUCCUUUCGUGAUACCACGUCUGGAACAUUCUACAUUCAGGACUUAUGUGAAACCCUGAAACAGCAUGGCUCAACGUUGGAGUUUACCGAGCUCCUAACACUGGUCAACCUGAAGGUUUCCCGACGUGAUGCUAACCUGGGAUUUGGAAAAAUGCCAAAAAAACAGAUGCCCUGCUUCACCUCCAUGCUGACUAAAAAGCUCUAUUUUAGGUGCAAUAAAUAGUAACCAGUAACAGCCAGAUCCAGUGCCUUCACCAUUACUACAGUGCAUUGGUAUUGUUCAGAACUCUACUUUUAUCAUUUAUUGCUUUGUAAUAUUUUGCAAGGAAUAUCGUGGUUUUGUUGGAUUUCUGGUUUGAUCUUGAGCUGGGGUUAUUGUUGUUGUGUUUGUGUGUGUUCUCAAGCUUAUCGGAUUUUCUUUCACUGCACUAAAACAUACCAUUCAGUGAUAUUGGCUACUAUAACAUGCCUAUAGUUAUGGAUGAGCAUUGUGCACAUUGUGCCCUGUGAUGAAUUAGUGCUUCAUCUGGGUUGAAUUUUCUGCUGUUCCCAAGAAACUUUAAGGAUUCAUGGUGACCCUGACCAUAAUAAAGCUGUUACUAAAAGGA